AGUUGUGUAUAGUGCUAAAGUGAGAUGACUAGUGUGAGCAUUUAUUUGAAGAUUUUCCUACUAGUACUAAUAGGAGGUGUGUUUGUGUAUAUGAAGGUAGGCAACCGAUUGGAAACUACUCCAUCAAGUACUUUAAGUUCAAGACUACCUAUUGCUCAGAAAGAAACACGUUUUCAUGAACCAAAUGUACAAGGCUUUGAAGACAACACUACUGUCUACCAAAUCCAAAGCCACAGUUUCGAAGUUGAUGACUCAUUUAAUCUGCCAUGGCAAAACAGUAAGCCAGUGAACUCUAUUCUAAUUCAGCCUUGGUUCCAAAAACUGAAAAUUAUUCUAUCCGAUUCAAUUCCACGCUCUCCCAUUGUCCUUGUUGCCACUGACGAUAAAUUUAAAACACCUCUCCUUAACUGGUUACUUUCAGCAACUGUGAGGCAAGAGCAACCUGUUGUUAACAUCUUAGUGUUGACGUACAGUGCAUCUUUUUGUGAUUUUGUCAAUUCUAAAAACUUUUCCUGCCAGUGUUUGGCUAUACCUCCAGAAACUCUCACAGCUAAAGGAAUUUAUGAGCAUAAAAAGUACACCGGAUUCUAUCAGUUACUAGUACUUCGAGUUGUGGUAAUGCGUCUACUCAACUACUGGGGAUAUGAUGUCGCCAAUUUUGACAGUGAUGCAAUUUUACUCAAGAACCCAAUACCGUUGUUUUACAGUGAGGAAUAUGCAACUAGUGAUGUAAUUGGUACCUUUGGAGGAAGAUUGCCUGGAGCACUUCAUAACAAGUGGGGUGUGGUUGUCUGUAUGGGCGCCAUUUUCUUGAGGAGUACAAAACAAACUGAACAAUUGUGGAAAUCGUUCGAAAAAGUGGAAAAACGAGACGACCAAAUGAAGCUCAAUUAUGGACUGGAUAAGAUGAACGUAAAAUGGAAAACUAAAAACCUCAAUCCUGAUGAUUCAAAUGACACACUAAAUAUUCAAUGGGAAGGGAAAACGACUAGUGGAUUGAAGAUAACUUUACUGCCACAAAGAUUGGCGUGUAGACAAAUGGGAUGUCGUCCUGAUGUAAGAGACAGCUGUUAUAUCUGGCAUCACGGGAAAAUUGUACAUAAUCCAAAAACAGUAAUGAAAGCAUCAGUGAAAGACGGUGUGUGGUUUUAUAAGAACUGACCUGACAUUAUGCAUGUGUAUUCGUGUUCACUCUUAUAAU